AUGCCUCUUGUGAUCUUUACAGGGUUCCCAUGCAGUGGAAAGACCACGCAUGCCAAGCGGCUAGUGGAACAACUCGAGACCAAGAUACAAGAAGCAAAGCCCAUCAAUGGUCCAGGACAUAACUACAGUGUAGUGUACCAUAGCGAUGAGACAUUAGGCAUUGACCACAAGACAUACUACGAUCUGACUUUGGAGAAGCAUGCUCGAGGCACACAGAUGCUGGCGGUGAAAAGAGACAUAGGCAGAGGCAGAAUCGUGGUCUUGGACUCCCUAGCAUACAUCAAAGGAUUUAGAUAUCAACUUUAUUGUGAAGCCAAAGGCGUCGGCACACCUCAUUGUGUGGUGCAAGUGAUGAGUCUGGAACAGAAAUGUAUUGAAAGAAAUAAUAAUAAUAACGGCAGUAAUACCAAAUGGGAUCCAGAGUUGAUCUCUCAGUUGGUGAUGAGAUACGAAGAACCUAAUAACUCUACAAGAUGGGAUUCACCGUUAUUCUCAGUGAUGACUGAUGAAGGCGAUGAUGAAUUAAAUAUUGAUGAUAUAUGGGAAGCCUUGGUCCUUAAAAGAGCUCCUCCUCCUAAUGCUGCCACUGUUGUGAAGCCAACUUCAGGCAACAACUUUCUUCAAGAACUUGACUCACAGACUUCUGCUGUGGUGUCGAAAAUAUGUCAGCAUCAACAGCUAUUCUCUAUUGGUGGUGAUGUUCUCAUAGAUAAAGAAAACAACUUGUAUGUGGAGAUGCCAUCUACAGCCGUUAGUUUGGCACAACUUCAGCGGUUAAGAAGAACAUACAUCACUCUUAAUCGAAUGAGAACUAUAGAUGUUGAUAGAAUUACUCCCAUGUUUGUUGAAUACGUUAAUACUAGUCUUAGUAAAGAUCAUUAA